ACCGGAAGUCAGACUCGCACGAUCGCAUUCAAAAUGGCGACUCCCAUGCAUAGGUUGAUCGCUCGAAGACAAGCGGAGGCAAACAAACAACAUGUUCGCUGUCAGAAAUGUCUGGAGUAUGGACACUGGUCCUAUGAGUGCAGUGGGAAAAGAAAGUACCUUUAUAGACCUUCCAGGACAGCCGAGUUGAAAAAGAGACUGAAAGACAAGGAGAACAAUCCUUCAGAUGAUCUGGGAGCUGGAAUAAUACCACGCAGUGAGAAAAAAACUAAGAAAAAAAGGUCCUCCUCCAGUUCCAGCAGCGGCAGUAGUGAUUCGUCCAGCUCUUCCAAUGACUCUUCCUCGGACAGCAGCGGUUCCUCGAGCUCCUCAUCCUCGUCUGAAGACAGUAGCAGUGACAGCGAUGACAGCUCCAGCCCUUCCUCCUCCUCCUCGUCUUCCUCCAGUUCCGACUCUGAUUCCGAUUCCGCAAGCAGUUCUGACGAAGGCCCUCCAAAGAAGAGAAAAAAGAAGAAAUGAGGGUCCAAUUAAUCGGCGUCAAAUACAGAACUCGUGUCAUAUACAUUGACAGUACUAAGAACACUGCUAUUGAAUAAGUGAGAGUAGGGUGGGAAGUCGUGUUAAGAAAUUGAGAGAUAUAUAUAUGUAUAUUGUCAUCAUUUUUUGUAGAAUGUGAAAAUCAAACACAUCCACUAUUACAUUUGCUACUUUGUUUUCUCUCCUUGGCAGAGUGUAGUGUCUCAAGCAAAAAAGUUCAAAUACUGCAAUGAUUUAUUCAUUCAUUCAGUUGCUUUCUUUUGCAUCUUUUUGACCAUAAAUGCAUUUUUUUUUUUAAAGAAUGACCAUUAUGUAGGAAUUGUGACAGACGUAGAGGCUGAGGUGUGUUAACAUGGUCUUCGUUUUAAGAUGGUCUCAUGAAAUAAACUGAUUUCUUACAGAAAGAAA